CUCUUUUAUCUGGGCACGCGUCAACCUACAACUUCUCGCCGUCCAUCUUCCGAUCAUCGGCUUUUUCAUCAAAUUUUAUCAACUGCUUGAUCGUCGAAUUUACAUUUAUUAUUUGACAAGAUGACUGGACGUAAGUAUUUUUCUGUUUCUGUCUGUUCCUGAUUGAUGAUGGGGUUGAUGAUGGGGAUGAUGCGCGGGAUGAGGUGAGGAUGGUGAUGGUGUUGUACCGGGGUCGCACGUGACCCCGUGUGUCCGCCUCGCGUCCGCGUGUCGUGAUCCUCUCAUCCUGUCCCAUCCUCACCCAUCCUUACCUGUCUCUAUUAUCAAUGGAUAUGAUAACCAUCCUGGCUCAAUGUUGGCCAUAUUUUUAAUAGACUAAUGCUAACAUCAUCGUCUACAGGUGGAAAAGGCGGCAAAGGUCUCGGCAAAGGCGGCGCCAAGCGUCACCGUAAGAUCUUGCGAGACAACAUCCAGGGUAUCACCAAGCCCGCCAUCCGUCGUCUCGCUCGCCGUGGUGGUGUCAAGCGUAUCUCGGCCAUGAUCUACGAGGAGACCCGCGGUGUCCUCAAGUCCUUCCUCGAGUCUGUCAUCCGUGACGCCGUCACCUACACCGAGCACGCCAAGCGCAAGACUGUCACCUCCCUCGACGUGGUCUACGCCCUCAAGCGCCAGGGCCGUACCCUGUACGGCUUCGGUGGUUAAAUCGUCGUCGAUGUCUUGCUCUUUAUCUUUGUUCGGUUGGGCUCGUCGCUCUGAUGGAUUGUCUACGGGGCGGGUCCGCUGGACCGGGCUUUAGCGCUAUGAUGUGAUGCUGCUUAUCGUUUUUUCUUGUCUACUUGCUUAAUGAGGGUUUUUCUUACCAACUGGGUACGGGGUUCGGAAUGGUUCUUUUUUACGGAUGAACAGCACAUCUGCUAUGGAUUCUUAGGGAUUCUUUCGGAGGUCUUUGAUGG